AUGGCUGCUGGAUUUCUGAAGACGCUAACACUCCAAGCCUUAAAGCCCAACAGCAUCUGCCUUGCAAGAUGUUUGGGAAGAUGCCUCCUGCAGCAGACGGUAGCAGCACAGCCGGCUGCCCAGAGACUGCCCAGCCUAAUUUGUGCAGAAGCCUUCUGUACCGCUGACAGAGCCCAGGAUGCGCCAAAGAAGAAAACGAAGACCGACACAGCUUUCACCAAUGUCGGGAGGAAAAUCAGCCACCGGAUCAUUCAUGUUAUUGAUGAGAAGGGCAAUGACUUGGGGAACAUGCACCGAGCCAAUGUGAUUAAGCUCAUGGACCAGCGGGACCUGAGGCUGGUUCAGAGGGAUGCGAGUGCGGAGCCUCCCAAGUACCAGCUCAUGACUGGGCUGCAGAUCCACGAGGAGCGGAUGCAGCUCCGAGAGAGGGACAAGGCCAGCCCCAAGACAGGACCGACUCUGAUAAAGGAACUAACUUUUUCUUCAAAUAUUGGACAACAUGAUUUGGCCACGAAGAGUAAACAGAUUCAGCAGUGGGUUGAGAAGAAAUACCAUGUCCAGAUCACUGUAAAGAAAGGGAAGAAUGUAGAAGAGUCGGAGAACAGUAUGGAGGCGGUAUUUAACCAGAUAGUCCAGAUGAUGCCUGGGAUCGCCACCUUCUUAUCCAAGCCCCAGGCCGUGAAAGGAGGAAGGGCCAUGAUGGCUGUUCUUCGCCAUCUCAGCAAAAAGGAAGAGAAGGAGUACAGAAAACACCAGGAGGCCCAGAAGGGUGACGGGCUGAGCAAAGACGGAGGACACGACAGACCACCAGACACUGUGCAUCAAUGA